GACUAGUUUUCAAGUGAAGACAAGGUCAUAGGCCUGCAUCUCUCUCUCUCUCUCUCUCUCUCUCUCUCUCUCUGGAUAGGGAAGAACAAAAUAACAGUACAAAAGAAGGGUAUAAGGACAAAAUCUUCCUCUGAACUGUGGGAUCGGCACACAUAUAGAAGUUGAAACUACUACACUGUCAUAUCUGCAUCUGAGCAAGAGCAACUCAGAGCAGAAACGGUCAAGAGUGCCGGCCCUGUUCUCUCCAACUCCUCUCCAAGGCUUCCAAGUUAUUUUGGUGUCUCCUGGGAUCUUGCUUGUUGUAGAUCUCUCAAUCCUGAACUAGGUUGCUAGCUAAUCUACAAGAAACAGAAGGAUUUGAGGCUGCAGGCACGGAUAUAUCACAUAAGAGCUCCUCACAGCAUGGGAGAGACUAGUAGUUCUAGUCAUUCAAGGCAGGAUCCUUAUGCUCUUGGCUAUGGCUUCCAUGGUGCCAUCGCCAACUCUACUCCAAAUUUCUUUGACCAAGAAGGAGCUACCUAUUUUGGAGAGCUGGAAGAGGCUUUCAUGCAUCAGGUUGCCUCUCUAAGAAGAACUCAAGCUGCAACCACCUCCACAGCUCAUCAUGGAGAUGCCACGCCAAGUUGAACCCCAUGGGUCAUGGCCAUGGUAGUACACCGGUACCACACUACCAACUCUCUGGCUCUCUACAGACUACAGUCUACACUCUACAGGCACACAAGUUCAAAGAGAAUAACCUCCACUCACUUUCACUGCCACAGUGGCCCCCCACUUCCCCAGCUUCCCUUGUGAUCCCAAUGCUUUCUAUCAGUUUCAGUUUCAUCUCGGCUAGAGUACUUCAGAUACAUGUCUUGAUCUCCUUCCUCCCCUAUGAUAUCUUCUUGCAGCCUUUUCCACUGCAACAGCUGCAACGGCUACAGCUAGGCCACCUCCUACACUGGACAUCUUCCCAGCUUGGCCUAUGAGGUCUCUUCACACGCCCAAGAAGGGCUCAAAUUUGACGGCAGACAGCACAGAGGACUCGGAGAGCAGCAGCAAGAACAACAGCAACCACUCCUCCGACCAGCACGGAGCAACAGAAAACAUGGUAAGCCAGUUCGAUCAAGGUUCACAGCAGCAGGAGAUUCAGCACAAGAACAUGGCUACAAGUUACACUACAAAGUCUGGCAAGACUCUUGAUCCAAAGACAAUCAGAAGGCUGGCUCAGAAUCGCGAAGCUGCACGCAAAAGCCGGCUGCGAAAAAAGGCUUAUAUUCAGCAGCUUGAAAGUAGCAAGCUGAAGCUUGCUCAGAUGGAACAGGACAUGCAGCGACCCCGUUCCCAGGGCCUCUUUCUUGGUGGAACUCCAGGUGCAAAUACCAGCUCAGGCGCCGCAAUGUUCGACGUGGAGUAUGCCCGGUGGCUGGACGACCAUGGCCGGCGCAUGGCCGAGCUGCACGGAGCUCUGCAGGCUCACUUGCCGGAUAGUGACCUUAGAGCCAUCGUGGACGACGCCCUGACCCACCACGACGAGCUGUUCCAGCUUAAGGCCAUGGCAGCCAAGUCCGAUGUGUUCCACCUCAUCACCGGGGUGUGGACGACCCCUGCCGAGCGAUGCUUCCUCUGGAUGGGUGGAUUCAGGCCCUCCGAUCUGCUCAAGACACUGCUGCCCCAGCUAGAUCCCCUGACAGAACAGCAACUGGUAGGUAUCUGCAACCUUCAGCAGUCAUCACAGCAGGCAGAGGAAGCUCUCUCCCAGGGCCUGGAGCAGCUGCAUCAGUCACUAGCUGAUACCAUGGCCGGUGGAUCUCUGAUCGACGACGCCAACAUGAGCUUCAUGGGUCAAAUGGCCCUUGCCCUUGGCAAGCUGUCCAACCUUGAAGGUUUCGUGAUACAGGCUGAUAACUUGAGGCAACAGACUCUUCAUCAGAUGCACAGAAUUCUCACAGUUCGACAGGCUGCUCGAUGUUUCUUGGCCAUUGGAGAGUACCACAACCGCCUUCGUGCCUUAAGCUCCCUCUGGGCUUCUCGGCCUCGAGAGAUGCUAGUGACAGAUGAAGGCAAUUGUGGAGAGAUAAGCAUUGCGGCACAACCAUCCCAAAGUCAAUUUUCAGCCUUCUGAAUCACAAAUGUUGUGGAACUAACCUUCAACUUAGGAGCAAGAGAAAAACGACUUGGAAGAGAAGUUUUGGAUGCAAGCAAUAUCCGAGGGCCACAAAAGAGAGCUGGGAAUGAAGGAAGCUUCCGAGAAAAAGAAGUAUUUCUGGAAUAUUUUUUGGGGAAACAGAAACAGUGUUUCAUAGAAAUGUGUGGAACUUGUAAAAACAAUUUCCAGGAGGUGAAAUUGUGGAGUGAGAAGGGCAGGCAAAAAAGAACAGCUAGAAUCUGUUAUCCGGUAUUGUGCAUUCUUUGGGUUCUGUCCAGUCUAAAUUCUCAAACAAGCUCUUCCUAGUUAAUGAAAAAAAUUAUUCAGCAAUUC